GCCAUACCUGAUUACUCGAAGGACAGUCACGAUCGUAAUCUAGUUUGUUCAGGAUGCCGAACGUGGAUACAAGCCUAUCAGUGGCUGUUAUACCCGAGAAGUAUAUCCGCAUCCCUCAUGCGCUCAUCCAUCCGUGUCUUCCGUCCUCCGCUACCCGUAUCCGAUGGCUCAGCAUAUAGCCCUGCGAGCACGUCCACGAACCCCAUCGACCAACAUAAGUUGCACGCGAUUCUCAUUGCUCCUCUCCAUUCUUCCUCAUUCCCUCCCAUUCUUACAUUGCGCUCGCCAUGAUUCAAUUCAGCGCCAUCUUGCCUGACUUCACGGACGAAAGCGUGAGGUCUGCUGUAUUCCACUUGCGCCUUACCGAGAAGCUUGGCUCUGGCGCCUACGGUGUCGUCUAUUCUGCACUUGACCUCAACUGUCCUUCAGACCGACCAAUCACAUAUGCAGUCAAGUGUCUUCUGAGACAUACGGAGGACUCAGAAUACCGCCGUUACCAGAGAAGAGAGGUCUUGCUACACCGAAAGGCGUCAGCCCACCCACAUGUCAUCAAAAUCCAUCAAGUCAUCGAGGACGAGCAUUAUAUCUUCGUCGUCCUCAACUUCUGCCAAGGAGGGGACUUGUUCUCUGCCAUCGCCGAGCGCAAAAUAUUUGAAGGAAACGAUGCGCUCGUCAAGAAGGCUUUCCUUCAGCUCAUCGAUGCCGUUCACGCAUGCCACGACCACGGCGAGGAGAUUUUUCUCAGCGACUUCGGACUUGCGACAAGGUCCAAGGUUAGCAUGUCACAUGGCUGCGGUAGCUCGUACUAUAUGAGUCCAGAAUGCAUCGGGGACGAUACGGAGCGUCGACCAUUCCUCAACCCUGUCUCGGACAUCUGGUCCCUCGGUAUCAUCCUCAUCUAUAUGAUUACCGGCCACAAUCCUUGGCACAUUGCCUCGAUGAACAAUGAUAAAGGGUUCGCGCGAUACAUCCGCGAGGAAAACGCCUACUUGCUCCGCAACCUUCCCGUCUCCCCCGCCAUCGCCGACAUCCUCGGCCGCAUCCUCGCUCCUGCAGAGUACCGCAUAACCCUGCACGAGCUCCACAAGGCCAUCCUCGCAGUGGACACAUCCUUCCGCGAUCCUGGUGUCAAGGUCAACGUCAGCUCUGUGUCUGCGCCGGCAUCCCUAUUCAGCCUGUCGACGCGCCCCACCAGCUGUAGCACUUGCCCCAGCGGUUUUGUCCAUAUACUUCCGUUUCCCUCGGACUUCGCACCUCGUUCCUCAAGACCCGAUGACGACGGCGUCGGGCCGCUCCUCGACAUCCCUUCCCCUGUCCGCGCAGGCCGCACAGACUCGACAAUUGUGCACAUCCGUUUGCUUGUUCCGAGCCUCUCGAACGGCUCCUCUCGAUCCGAGAGUACCAGCCCAAUCACUCCCGAGCAUGUCACCAUCGUGCUCUCCACGUCUAUUCCCGAAUUACAGCUCGAUAUGCCACAACUCUCCGAUCCCGUGUCCUCCUUUGCGAGCUUCGCUGCAGAAAAUGGCGCGGCGGUUUCAUGGUCAUCGCUGGCGAUGAAGAAGAGGAAGCUGCCGCGGUCGUGGCAGCGGAUUAAGGGUGCUAUACAAAGGAUCAGGGUCUUGGUUUAAGGGCGGUUGUUGCGUAGACUGUCCAUGGUGCUGGUCACCAAGUACAGUGGGAAGUCAAAUCAUUGUAUCAAUAGUCAUAAUCGUGUACCAAUAUUGCUUCACUUUUAUGUGAAUAAUCAGCUGCACGGA